UUAUGUCUACAAAAAGGGAUUUAUCUUAUCGCACGAAAUUGUCGAACUUUAAAUUAAUAAACGUCUGAGAUUUGAAACAGAUAAAAACAGUUCAACAUUUGAGGAAAAAAAAUCAUGAUUAAAGAUACAGUUUAAAAUAGUUUGACUUUAUGUUCAUCUAUACCAAUAAACCUUGAACAAAAUCUAUAAAACGGUUAACCUCUGUUAUUAUCCAUCUACUUUUCAGCUGCGGGGACAAGUUUUUACAGUUGUGAUUUAAUGGUGAAAGAUCGGAUCUUUAAUACAAAAAUGGAUUUCGAACUCAAGGAUGAGCGAGCACUGUGCUCUACCGCCACUGUCAAGGAAUGACAGCUUUAUUGCACCAAAAUCUAGAAGAAACAGUAGACGAGGGUCUAUUAGACAGAAAGAUAAUCAGGACAAUACACCAGUAACGCGAUUCAAAGAACUCGUAAGCGAGGACGUGUACCUGAUGGAUAACAAGACAAGGAAGAUUAACACUAAUCUGCUGGCUAACAGCUUAACAGCGCGUCUGCGUAGAAAUCUACCAGAUGGUACUGUUGAAAAUGAAACCAUUCAGAAAUUAAGACGUGAUUCUUUAAAAGAUUUUGUUCACCUUGACAAUUUAGAGAAGCAAUAUGCAAGUGAACUUAGUCGAGAAUCAAGCAGAUUGGAUAAGGAAUCACUACAAGUAUUGAAGCGUCAAAAACAAAUGCAAAGACAGAGUGAAGUUCAAAAGCGGAAACUAGAUAGAUUAGAAUCGUCUAUGAGAUCUAGAUCAGGCUUGAGCUCAGCUUCUUUGUUCCCACUUAUCAUGACCAACGGUACCGAUAGUGUGGAGCAAGAAACGGAAACAUUUCCACAAUUCGCGUCCGUGGAUAAAGAUGACCAGUCACACGUUAAAGUUUUCAAACUAAAUGGAAUAUAUCAGCCGACAAAUAAAUACUCUAGUCGUAUAGAACCUUUAGACAUAUCCCCAAGAGAUAAACCAGCAAUUAAAGAAAACAACAUACAGGAGUCGUUGAAACUAGCAGACACCGGAAGUCCCUCAGACUUAUCGCCAAAAUCAAGAAUGAGUAAGAAAGGCUUGCGAGUUUCGUGGAGUAGACAAAGUAAAUAUUACCCAGAUGGUAGAAGUGAAGUAGACAAUAUUAGAUCACCAUCCGUCGCAGACACGCGCGCAGAUACGCGCAUGUCUCAAUAUGACGUGCGUUCUGACGCCAAUAGUCCAGAUCGUGAAAAAGCAAAUAAAACACCAACAAAACGAACAUUUAACAGCCGUUUAAGUUUUCGAAGUGACACGUUUUUGCUUCAGAGUAAAUUAAGACCGAAGGGACGUCGAAAAAUUGAAACAAUUGGUCUGAAAUGGAAAAUACCUCCUGGUGUUGAUGCCCAUCAAAUCAUCGAAGAGGCACCACCACGUCCAACAGUAAAGGCGGGAACACAACGUUUGUCUCAUAACCUUAUGCCAGUAACGACUGCUUUAGCAAAGGAAGGAAUGUCAACAAAGAAAACGUGCUGGCAGGUGAAGAAAGUUCAAUCACUGUCAACUAUAGAGAUGUAUAAAGCAUGGCUAGAAAAGUUAGAAAUGUUGAAAAACAACGAGUCUCGGGACAGAACAAGAAAUUUACAUAGUAGAGCUACUGUUAUGACGCAACCAGUUUGAUGAAUAUGUCUCUUCUAGUACACCAUAUAUUUUUAACUAUGUUUACCGUAGCAUUAUAAAAAAUACAUGUAAGAUGUCAUAACAGCUAACUGUUUCUCUAGAGGAUUGUAUAUGAAAGUGUUAACUCAGAAAACUAAGUACAUGCAUCCUAAACAAGUGGUAUGAUUGAGAUCGUGUGGUUUUUGACGAACAUGUAAAUCAACAAAUGUUUUCUAUUUCAAAUUCUUUGCUAAUGUCUUCCAAUAAAACAUACGUAUAACCGGUUCCGAUGCAGACCAUUUGACUAAUUUACAUAACGAAGUUAAAAUGGAGAGAAAUAAGAAUCCCUCAAGAAAGCCCAACACGGCAAAGGCUGUUUUAGAUUUUGGACUGAACAAAACAAUUUCCAGAUUCAUGCUUUUGAUAGAAAGAUGUGUUGUGAAUAGUUUUAGCUGAUCACAGAAUACAAUUAACUCAUAAGAUUGAAUCUGUUUUGCGUGAACGCAUAAAGUUCCAGCGUUAUUUGAGACAGCAAAGUAGUAUUUGAGUGUACGAAUUGCGACUUGUAUUUACUAUGAUUAUUUCAAAACUUUAAUAUCUAAAUGUGUUUGAUAGCAAAAACAAUAAUUACGUUAUUGUUUGAAAAACAAUAUAUGUAAGUUAUAUGUGAUUAUAUUUGUGUAUGUAUAAAUGCUGGUAUUUUGGUAUGUUUACUCUUAAAUAUGUUGCAAUACAUGAUCUAACAGUGCUCAUAUGUCAACUUAUUUUUAUCUAUUUAUAAAGGUAAAUGGCAUUUACAACUUAAAGAUACAAAUAAAUGUGCUUUAACUUAAUAAAAAAAUGCGACACAAAAAUACAU